GCCCAGCCCGUGAAGAUGGUGGACCGCGAGCAACUGGUGCAGAAAGCCCGGCUGGCGGAGCAGGCGGAGCGCUACGAUGACAUGGCCGCAGCCAUGAAGAACGUGACAGAGCUGAAUGAGCCACUGUCCAAUGAAGAAAGAAACCUUCUCUCUGUGGCCUACGAGAAUGUAGUUGGGGCACGCCGUUCUUCCUGGAGGGCCAUCAGUAGCAUUGAGCAGAAGACAUCUGCAGAUGGUAAUGAGAAGAUAGAGAUGGUCCGUGCUUACCGUGAAAAAAUAGAGAAGGAGUUGGAGGCCGUAUGUCAGGAUGUGCUGAGCCUACUGGGUAACUUCCUGAUCAAGAAUUGCAGUGAGACCCAGUAUGAGAGCAGAGUGUUUUACCUGAAGAUGAAAGGGGACUAUUACCGCUACCUGGCCGAAGUCGCCACUGGAGAGAAGAGGGCAACCGUCGUGGAGUCAUCUGAGAAGGCCUACAGCGAAGCCCAUGAGAUUAGCAAGGAGCACAUGCAGCCCACUCACCCCAUUAGAUUAGGCCUGGCCCUUAACUACUCCGUUUUCUACUAUGAGAUCCAGAACGCCCAAGAGCAAGCCUGCCACUUGGCCAAAACCGCUUUUGAUGACGCCAUUGCCGAGCUCGACACUCUCAAGGAGGACUCCUACAAGGACUCCACGCUCAUCAUGCAGCUCCUCCGCGACAACCUCACGCUCUGGACAAGCGAUCAGCAAGACGACAACGGUGGAGAAGGCAACAAUUAAGGCCCCCAGGUGGGCUGGUAGCACACGCUGAUGCUACUACUGCAGUCUUUAUUUUUUUCCCAUGAGUUGGGGGU